UUCAAUAUGCAAACUCACAGAUUGACCGUUUGACAAGUUUUUAGUCUUUGGACGAGCCAACUUUUGCUUAAAUGUCUGGAAAACAGUGAUAUAAGACUAUUGACAAAAGGUUUUCAUAUUUACGUUCGAAAAUUGAUGUGUUGUGGCUAAAAACAUUACUAACGCUUUAAGAGAAAUAAAAUUGGCAGCUUUCCAAGCAGUUGGGGAAUAAACCGACAGAUGCGCCCAGCAUGGCAAAGAGUUGGAAGUCCACUGUGAUGACCACCUGGAGAUGUGCUGUAGUGUCUGUGUGGCCCUUAACCACAGGCUUUGUGACAGUAUCAGUAACCUGCCUGACCUAGCUAGAGGCUUCAUGAAAACAGCAGAGUUCAAACACCUGCCAGCAGCAAUGGACAAGAUGAUUGGCAGGCUGGAUGAGAUCAAGAUUGACAGGAUGAAAUACCAAGUUUGCCUGAAGGACUCCUACAAGAGCAUCCUUGCUGAAAUCAAGGCUUUCCGUAAAGAAAUAAACCAGAUCUUAGACACGCUGGAGAAGAGGGCAGUUGAACAGUUGGAUAGCAUGAUGAAAGCUUUAGAGAAGUCUAUUAAAGAUGAUUUAAAAACCAAUGCCUAUAUGUAUGACGAACUCAAUACCAUGAUCGAGAAGCUCCAGCAGAUGACUGGCAAAAAAACAGUGAGACCAAUUCUUACAUUGGAUUCAGAAAAUGCCAGUCUAAAUUGAGUGAAGCUAAAAGCCUUGUGCAAGGAAUUCGAGGAAAAGAAGAAAUGAAGUUCUGAAGAAUCUGGUUAAAGUAUUUUAC